AAAGAAAAGAAACAGAUAAAUGAUUAGUCAAAAAAAUGGGAACCAGAAUAAAAGGAGUGGCAGUAGCCAUAACCACAUCUAAAAAGUUUUCAACUUUCAAAUUCAGAUAAAGAUUGUUGAAUUCAAAAAUGAAAAUGUUGGGCAGCAAAUGGGAGUACAAUAGAAAAAGGGGUUUCAACUAAUAAAUUAUUAAUAAACCAAUAACAAAAACAAUAAAGAAAAAAGAAAUUAGUUUAUAGAAGAAAAGAAAUGGGAAGGGAAGGGCCAACGGGUAGGGACAUAGGACCCACGUAAACAGUAGUUCGGCCGGCCGCUUUGUCUUCUCUUUGGUCUCCGUCCUCCUCCGUCGCUUCACCUCCACCCUUUGACUCUCGAAAAACAGUUUCCUCCUACCUCUCUCUCUCUCUCUAUAUUUUAUAUACUUUGUUUAACAUAGAUAUACAUAUCUUUGCUUUCUCUCUCUCUGUCUUAUUUCCUCUCUAUUUGAGGAAGGCUGUGAGAGUUUCUUUUUCUCUUUCCAUCUCUCUCUCUCUCUCUCUCCCUCUCUAUUUAUAUCUUAUUGGUGGUUCCUUGUUUCAGAAAGGAAGUGUCUCUUCUUAUUCUGAACACACAAAAAAAAAAAAAGAAAAACUCAUAACGAGGAAUCAAUCAGAAAGAAAAGGGGAGACUAUAGUACAAGAAAAGACACCCCAAAGCACCAGAUAACAGAAGAAGAGAGAGGCUAUACACAUACACACUCUUACUUUAGUUUCUUGUUAUUAUGAGGCUGUCUUUGUGAAGAUUAGUUUCUUUUCCUUUGUGGGGUUUCUUUUAAACCUUUUCCUUUUUGUUUUUCUUCUCGGGGUUUUUGAGUCUAGUUUGUUCAACCAUGGCUGGUGGCAAUGAAGUCAACCUCAAUGAAUCCAAGAGGGUUGUUCCGUUGAAUACAUGGGUCCUCAUUUCCAAUUUCAAGGUAGCAUACAAUCUACUGCGCCGUCCUGAUGGAACCUUUAACAGAGAUUUAUCGGAGUUCCUUGACCGCAAAGUCCAUGCCAAUAUGAAUCCAGUUGAUGGGGUUUUCUCCUUUGAUCACGUGGAUCGAGCCACCGGUCUUCUUAACAGGGUUUAUCUGCCAUCUGCUCAGAAUGAGGCUCAAUGGAGCAUUAUGGACCUUGAAAAACCUUUGAGCACCACUGAGGUUGUUCCAGUCAUAGUUUUCUUCCAUGGUGGAAGCUUCACUCAUUCCUCUGCCAAUAGUGCUAUCUACGACACCUUUUGUCGCCGCCUUGUUAGCAUUUGUAAAGCUGUUGUGGUGUCUGUAAAUUAUCGGCGAUCACCUGAACAUAGAUAUCCUUGUGCAUAUGAUGAUGGUUGGGCAGCUCUUAAGUGGGUUAAAUCAAAAACUUGUUUUCAAAGUGGAAAGGAUUCUAAAGUCUAUGUCUACUUGGCUGGAGAUAGUUCUGGUGGAAAUAUAGCUCACCAUGUAGCCGUGAGAGCAGCAGAAGCUGAUACUGAGGUAUUAGGUAACAUUCUUCUGCAUCCAAUGUUUGCUGGGCAGAGGAGAACGGAAUCAGAAAAGAGAUUGGAUGGGAAGUAUUUUGUCACACUGCAUGACCGUGAUUGGUAUUGGAGAGCUUAUCUACCAGAAGGGGAAGAUAGAGACCAUCCGGCUUGUAAUCCAUUUGGCCCCAGGGGCAGAAGCCUUGAAGGACUCAAGUUUCCCAAAAGUCUUGUUGUUGUGGCUGGUUUGGAUCUCAUUCAAGAUUGGCAAUUGGCAUACGUUGAAGGCCUUAGAAAAUCUGGUCAAGGAGUGAAACUUCUUUUCCUCGAGAAGGCCACAAUUGGGUUCUACUUCUUGCCGAAUAACGAUCAUUUCUAUUGCCUCAUGGAGGAGAUAAAGAACUUUGUGAAUUCUAACUGUUAAUAGUCUACCUAACCUUAACAACAGGCGGCAUACAUAACAAAGCUUGACAAUUCACUCUUUUUUUUUUUUUUUCCCUUUCGAAGUGAUGGUGUGUAGUUUAUAAACUUGUGUAGUGUUGUUACUUCUUAUUGUAUUACCUUUUGUGGUGGUGAAGAAGUUCUUCACCUAUGGGGACUGGCUGUUCUCACUCUGAAGACGAAUUCCUAAGGGUUUUUUGGUGGAUAAAGAUAUUCUUGUUAGAAGGCCUGUUUCAGUGGUUCCAAACUUCCAAGGAUAGGAACUUGUUUAUGAAAUUCAUACAUUCGCUAGCCACCGGAUAUAAAAGGCUUACCCUCGUCAGCUUUCGGCCGCAAAUAACGGGAAGAGAGAAGUGUAUGGGGUAAUGUUUGGUGUUUUAUUAAUUGGUUUUAGCAAUUGGUAAUUGUUAAACACUAAUUUCAUUGCAAGGAAAGGAAUAUAUCCUCUUGUUAUGAACUUGUAUGUUAUACUUUGUUCUGAAGCCAAUAUAAAGAUUUUGUUCUGUCUGUGCCACUUGGGUAUCAACA